AUGGAAAUGAUAGUAAUAGCCAAUACAGAUAAAGCCACACCAAGCCAGAUUCCUCUGCCACUCCCUACUUUUUUAUUUUUGAACUUCUCACUGCAAACCCUUUUAACCUUACCUGCUAGUAUUACUUCAAACCUCAUAUUUCUCUUGCUCUCUCUCUCUCUCUCUCCCUGUCUUUCUUCUACAAUGUUUUUGAAGCUACUCUUGUUGGUUUCAUUGCUGGAAAGAGCAAAUUCUUGGGCUGCCUCAAACAUGUCUAAUGAGUUCAUUGCUGUUGAAAAUGCAUACAUGAAGUGGGUUACACAGCAAGCCUCCAUGAAGCAACCUGUGUUUCAGAAAGGAAAGAACAAGUUCAAGCCUUGUAGAAUCAUUAAAGUUAACAAAAACCCCAGACUUGGAGAUUUUGUUACAGUUCAAAAAGCCAUCAAUUCGCUUCCCGUUGUGAAUCUCUGCCGGGUUGUCAUCUAUAUCAGUUCAGGAAUUUACAGGGAGAAGGUUGAGGUUCCUGCAACCAUGGCAUACAUUACCCUAGUGGGCGGUGGAGCAGAGAGGACAGUGAUAGAGUGGAACGACACAGCAGAUGGAAGGGGACGGGGUGGCCGCCCACUGGGCACCUUUGCUUCUGCAACAUUUGCUGUUAACUCUCCUUACUUCAUUGCCAAGAACAUCACCUUCAAGAACAAGGCGCCAUCGCCACCAUCAGGAGCUCUGGGGAAGCAAGCAGUGGCACUGAGAAUCUCGGCAGACAGAGCAGCGUUUAUAAGCUGCAAUUUUAUUGGGGCACAGGACACACUUUAUGAUCACUUGGGGAGGCAUUAUUUUAGGAAAUGUUACAUUGAAGGAUCGGUGGAUUUUGUAUUCGGGAACGGCCGUUCCUACUAUAAAGACUGCCAUUUACAUGCCAAAACCAACAGCUAUGGAGCUUUGACAGCCCAAAAGAGGGAGAGCUUGCUUGAGGAAACUGGUUUCUCGUUUGUGAAUUGCAAGGUUACAGGGUCAGGUGCCCUCUACUUGGGUAGGGCAUGGGGCAGUUUCUCUAGAGUGGUGUUUUCUUAUACUUACAUGGACAAAAUCAUCACUCCUAGAGGAUGGUACAAUUGGGGAGAUAAGAACAGAGAAAUGACCGUAUUUUUUGGACAGUACAAGUGUUCAGGACCAGGGGCAGAUUAUGGAGGGCGCGUUACAUGGUCUAGGGAGCUCACUCAACAAGAAGCUCAACCUUUUAUUUCAAUUGAUUUCAUAGAUGGACUUGAAUGGAUUCCUAUCUAGUGGCUUCAGUUGUACUUACUAUAAUUUUUUAUAUUUUUCAGCUGUUAAAAUGCAACUCUUGAUCUCAGCCUAAAUGCCAAAGUUCAGAAUCUGAAAAUAACUGCAAGAAUUUACAAGCUGCUCGAUCAUUCCUCAUGCAACAUAU